UAGUGAGUAUAAGUCGUAAGAAUAAUGUUAUGUAAAAAUAACAUGGUGCAGUUUGCAAAAUGGACAUGAAAGUAUGUUGAUUACAAUUCGAAAUUUAUUUAACCGUUUCUUCUGAAAACAUAGAGACAAAUAAAGGUCAGGUGUUAAACUCCCAUCAGCCUGACACGUGCGUGGGAAAUACUGGGGUCGCGGAUGUCACCUCAGACAACCAAGUAUACCUGCACAGGCGUGGCAUACACAAAACUGUGUACAGGAUGAGCAAGACCGGUUACGUUUGUGCACGCCACUGGUAUGUUAGGCAGCCUAAGAAUGAGGAGGAGAGCGGUGAAAGUGCAGUGCUCAGGUGGAAGCCUGUUAAACUCGGUCGUCUUGCUUCCAUCUGCCGAGUGCGGUGAGACAAUAUUACUGUUUGCGAGAGGGGGCGCAAGAAACGAGUGCCUUCAGAAGGCGCUAUACUUACUUGGUUUGGUCAUCAACUUGAGAAAACUGAUGACACGGCAUGAAAAGUCACCGCCACAUCGUAAAGGCAAUUUAAAAGACUGAGGAAACGAUAACCCGCUGGGUCACGUGCGCACAUGCUGACCGUCAGAAGCUGUGCGCCGUAGAGGAUCCAGCCGGGUGCCGCGCAGCGCAGUGCGCUUUUUUUGUUUCCCAGAUCACCGAGGCAGGCUUCUUUAUCUGAGCGCCACUGUUGCCGAAUCGCGAUGGCUGCGACAGCUGGUUGACCGAGCGAAAAACCCGUCGCUUUCUCUCCCCCCUCUCAUCUUUUUGAGCAAAAGAAGAAGUAGUAGCAACCCUGAGCGAAGACGCUCGAUACAAGACUGCAGCUUUUGCCGAACCACGGGCAAUGGGGACAGCAGGGUUGUAGAACACUGCCAACUACAACUAGAAAGAAAGAAAGGGAAGGGUCAAGGAAAACACACAAAAAAGAGAGAAACACAACGCGGCCGUCUCUAGUGGCUUUCCUUUGAAUGUUCCAAACAAACCCCAUCUGCCUGUCAGCGGCGCACGAGACAACAGGCUAAACGGGAAGAGAAGACGCCGGGAAUCCGCUGUCUUGCCAAAUAGAGCGCGGUGCCGCGGCCUCCGCCAAGGAAACUCGGACUCUUUGCUUGAGGAAUUAGAAAAUGUUGUUGAAAUCAGCAGUAUGGGUUACAGGAACAGGAAGAUUUUCUUGUUUUCCUUCAACACAACUGUAAUUACAGUCUGUACAAGCAUGGUGCCAGUGAUGUAAACAAGAUUGAUCUUCUCCUUCUCAGUUAAAACAUGAAUGAGGUACAGGCUACUGUGGAAUUUUCAGUGGAGCUCCACAAGUUCUAUAAUGUAGACCUGUUCCAGAGAGGUUUUUAUCAGAUUCGUUCAGCUUUGAAGGUGCCUUCCAGAAUUCCACACAAAAUAGAAGCCAGUUUACUACGUGCUGCAGGUCCCGAACUUGCAUUUCCAGCCAGUGUCCAUGAUUCCAUCAUAUGCAGCAAAACAUUUCAGAUUCUUUAUAAAAAUGAAGAAAUUAUUGUAAAUGAUGUUAUGAUCUUUAAAGUGAAAAUGCUGCUUGAUGAAAAAAAGAUUGAAGAGUCUUUAAAUGACAUGGAUUUUCAGCUUUCAUUAGACCUUCAUUUCACAGAUGCAGACUAUUCGCCUGAUGAUCUCAGCACACUCCAGCUGAUAAGCAACCGCACACUGAAAUUACACUUUAGCCUACAUGGUGGUCUUCAUCAUCACGUCAACGUCAUGUUCGAUUAUUUUCAUCUCUCUGUUGUAUCACUAGCAAUUCAUGGAUCUUUAGUUGCACUACAUCAACCACUGAUUAGCUUUCCUCGACCUAUAAAGAAUAAUUGGCUUAACAGGAAUGCACCAGCCCAAACUAAGGACUCUGUAAUUCCAACUCUUGAAAGUGUGGUGUUUGGAGGAGGUUAUACAAAGCAACUCUCCCCAGAUGGAACAUCAUUUAUAGUAUCUGAGAACUGCUUACAGCAUGCCUUCAGUUUCCAUUAUACUCUCUGUGCAAGUUUACUUCUUGCCUACCAGGGCCUUUUUGAUUAUUUUACUACAAUUACACGAGAUAUACCAUCAUCACACAGAUUGGAGCUUGCCAAGUCCAGCAUGCAAGUCCUUUAUGAGCGAGUACUCAGAAGACCCUACCCCCGAAGCCAGAGACACGUCUUCAUAGAUAAACUGGACAUUGAAGCUCGACUUUCUGAGCUAUGUGAUAAAGUUCAGAAGGUUGAGAACCCUGAUGAGCUUGCAGAGCUGAUAAACAUGAAUCUUGCUCAGCUAUGUUCCCUUCUAAUGGCUCUCUGGGGACAGUUUCUGGAGGUAGUGUCUUUACAUGAAGAUAUUACAGCUUUGUUGGCUCAGGAGAACCAUAUGCUUAGAGUAAGAAGAUUUGCAGAAGCUUUCUUUUGCCUUGAACACCCAAGACAAUCUGCUCUUGCCUAUCAAGAACUCCACGCACAUAGCCAUCUGCAAAUGACAACUGCUAUCAAAAAUUCCACUUACUUUUGUUCAUUGCCGGCUCUUCCUGUGGAAUGCGCCGAACUAGAUGGGGACUUCAGUUCCCUUCCCAUUAUAUUUGAAGACCGGUACCUGGAUUCUGUUAAAGAAGAUCUGGAUGGGCCAUGGCUAGGUGCUCAGACUGCAAAAGUGUCAUCUAUGUCCAGCAAGCUUGAACGAACAGAGUCAAAGGAAUCAAGUGCUGCUGGAUACCCCAGUCCAGAACUAAAGCCCCGGCCUUCUGUUGUGUCCAGCAUGUGGCCAGGUGAAAACGAGAAACUACAGAAACCUCAAAAGGGCAAAAAUGAUGAAAGCAACAAGUCAAAGGUCAAAGUAACGAAACUGAUGAAGACUAUGAAAACUGAUAACAACAAAAAGCUUGUCAAACAGGGCUCUAAAGACUCCGUUGUUUUGGUUGGAUACAAAUGUUUAAAAGCCCCAAAUGCAGAUGAUGCUUCCAAAGCUAAAGAAUGUAAGCCUUCACUUAAUCAGAAGGAUGAUCAGGAUUUUCUGAUAGCAGAGUGUACAACUGAUGGAAGGACAUGUACUAAACAAGCAUCUCAGACCAGUGAAUGUCAGCUUGUUCCACCACACAUGGAUAAAGCUGAAGUAAGCAUUAGAACAACUGGCAGUACUUGUGGUCCAUCAGGGGAUGCUAACAGUGAUUCUUCUACUCUGGGUGCACACAGCAAUCCUCAGGUGGGUAAUCUUCCUUUUGGAGGGGACUGCAUAGCACUGCGUAAGAACUUAAAAUUUGAAGUGUGCAACCAACCACCCUCACAGAUAUCUGGAGUUAGGCAAAUUGAAGUUAAACCUAGUGGUAAGAAUCCCUAUCAAGGAGAAAAAGUAACCGUGAUCCUUCCAUGUCGGACUGAUGAGAAACAAAGGACAAUUCCUGAGGUCAUACAAACUGAGCCUUUAGAUUUAGAGUGUAAAAGUAUACUUUCAGAGAAUUCUUCAGUUUUUGGAAAGGUAACUGCAACAAGAUAUACAAAUCAUAGAUAUUUGGAUUGUGCUUCACUUACUUCAACUGUAAAGGAUAUUCAUUUGGUUGUGGGUGGUGAUUCCAUUAAGCUACCAGACAUCAGUGUGACUAAUGCAUCAUCUCGACUUUCUGAUUCAGGAAUUGAGAGUGAACCUAGUUCGUUUGCAACACAGCCAUGCAUUGAAAUCCUUUCAGAGCCUGCUUUAGAAUGUCUGUCUGAACAAAAUGAAAAAACACAGGCACUACAGCUUCUAAAACCUGAAAUAAAUGUGAAAAGUUUUACAGAUGGAGUUUGCACUGAGAGCACCAGCGCACUAAGUGAAAUACAGUCAUCUUUAACAUCAAUAAAUUCAUUGCCCUCAGAUGAUGAGGGCGAUGAAAGUUCAAAGAUCUCAAUAAUACCAGAGUGUCACCUCACUGAAAGCCAAACUAUUCAGGAUUUGACCAAAGCUGAAUUGUCGUCUAGUGACAAACGAAAAUCCAGCAUUGUGGUUCAGGAACAAAGUGUAGUAUUUUCAGGUUCAUUAAACCCUGAAACACCUGAUGAUGUUGCUUCGUGCUCAUCCACUGUGAAACAGAAAAACUCUGCCAUGAAAGGCUUAGCUUGCCACCCCCAUGACCCAUCACAAAGUGCCACUUUUUCAGAUCUGCAUGAAGCUUCUAAAGGGACUGGAGUUCAUAAAGUAGCAGAGGGAGAUGAUAUUCGAAAAUCAAUUCAUGAACACAUUAUUGGUUUAAAAUCAGAAAUUAUUCAUUUUGGGGAAUCUACCACUCUUGAAAGCUUAUGCAAGUCUGAUGUAAACUGCCAGCAAGCCAAAGGGUAUGAGAAGCCACAGGAAAAUCCAGAUCAUCCACAUGAUGAGGCAAGUGUGAGUUUCAGUAACUUUUCUACAACAAGUAGUACAGAUAUUGUAAAGCAAGGGCUGGUGGAAAAUUACUUUGGAUCCCGAAGUAGUACUGACAUUUCAGAUGUAAGUCCUUUGGAAAGUGCAAGCACAACCAUCAAUGUUCAGGACAGUGCAUCACACGAGGAAGAUCAAGAGCAUGAGAUGAUAGAAAAUGGCUAUUAUGAAGAGGAGGAUGACAGCAAUUGUUUUAAUGGAGCUGUAGGCUCUGAAUUUUCAGAGCAUUCUGAUGUUGUGGAUAAUAACAGAGAUCACAGAUUGGUACAGCUCAGUUCGGAGGAUUCUCAUCUACCUGUCAUCUGCUCUGCUUUGUCCUUUCCUUCAGCUACAUGUUAUUCACUUUGCGAUGCUGAGUGCUCAAGGACUAAGCUGGACAUUACAACAAGACAACCCAGUAAUCCUUUAGAUUGCUCUGCAGCUUCAACAUGUUGGUAUGAAAGUGCACCAAAAUCUCAAAUGAUUGCGUUCAUCCAGGCUAAAGAAGAUCUUCGGCAGUUAAAAUUACCUGGAUUUUUAUAUAGUGAAGUUCCCAAUUUGGCAUCAAACAUCCCAUAUUUUAGCAUGGAAGAAGAUGAAACUUCAGAAGAAGGAAUCCAUUUGAUCGUCUGUGUCCAUGGUCUUGAUGGUAACAGUGCCGACCUCAGACUAGUAAAGACGUAUAUUGAGUUGGGUCUACCAGGUGCACGCAUUGAUUUCCUUAUGUCUGAGCGAAACCAGAAUGACACAUUUGCAGAUUUUGAUUCCAUGACAGAUCGUCUGUUAGAUGAAAUAAUACAAUAUAUUCAAAUCUACAAUUUAACUAUAUCAAAAAUUAGCUUUAUAGGGCACUCACUGGGGAAUUUAAUAAUCCGCUCAGUCCUUACAAGACCAAGAUUUAAAUAUUACCUGAACAAGCUGCACACAUUCCUUUCUUUAUCUGGGCCACAUUUGGGAACUUUGUAUAACAGCAGUGCUCUGGUGAACACAGGUUUAUGGUUCAUGCAGAAGUGGAAAAAGUCGGGCUCUUUAUUGCAGCUGACAUGUCGGGAUCACUCUGACCCACGGCAAACAUUUCUUUACAAACUGAGUAAAAAAGCUGGACUUCAUUUCUUCAAAAAUGUUGUGUUGGUGGGCUCUCUUCAAGAUCGCUACGUUCCCUAUCAUUCUGCUCGAAUUGAAAUGUGCAAAACAGCCUUAAAGGAUAAACAGUCAGGGCCAGUAUAUGCAGAGAUGAUACAGAACUUGCUGGUACCUGUUCUGCAGAACAAGGAAUGUAAUCUUGUUCGUUACGAUGUCAUCCACGCCUUACCAAACACCGCAAACUCGCUUAUAGGAAGAGCCGCACACAUUGCUGUCCUGGAUUCGGAAAUAUUUUUAGAGAAAUUCUUCCUGGUUGCUGGCCUUAAAUAUUUUCAGUAGAUUGAACUUUCCUGAGCAGAAAGAAAAGCAAUUACCUCAUUGCAAAAAAAAAACACACACACACACACACUCACGUGGUUCAUUUUGCUGUAUCAAAAAUCAUGUUGGGUUUUUAAAUAUAUUUAUACUUUUUUUUAAAUAAAGAAAGGAACUUUAUCAUUGUUUUUCAGUGUGUCACUGUUGGUCUUUUGUUUGUGAAAGUGCUGGGUUUAUUUUCAUUUUCUUACUGCCAUAAAGUUUAAUUUGUUUUUUUUUUUUUAUUAUUUUUGUUUUGUACAGUAUAUGGUGACAGCAUUGACUUUUGUUUGUUGUUAAACUUACAUGAGAACAAAUGUUAAUUUAAAUUUGUAAGAACAAUUUUGCCAUGUUGCUUUAAAAAAAACCCUGAAACACCAAGAAUACGUUCAACUGGAAAAUGUAGCUGCUAAAAGAUAUUUAUUUUUUAAAUUAUUUACAUUUUACUGAUACAAGGAAUUGUCACUACUUAAUUUAAAAGAAAAAAAACCUAUUUUCACUUAAUUGACUUGGGGGACAUGAGGAAAGAAUACAACAUUUGAUUACUGUGAGGUUUAUCAUCGUCUCGAGAGCUUUUCAAGACGUCCACCUUAUUGUGAAGGCCUGGGGAUUUUUGAAUGUACUUCCUGCAGAACAUUGCCUUGACGACUCGUUACAUUUUGUAUGAUUGACCUUUAUUACCAAAUUUGCUCAGCAUUUCCUUCAAGUACAGUGGACAUUUCAGAUAUUAUAUACAUAUAUAGAUAGAGAUCUUGUACGCUGUAAUAUACAAAGAAAUUGCUACAUUUUACAAAACGAUUUUCUGAUUAUAAAAUAUUAAACUUUUAUGGGUGAAUUAAUUGGCGGGACAGAGAUAUGAUGGAACGAUGAUUUACACACCUAGUGCAGCUAUAAUUUUUUAUAAAACUGAUAGAUAAAAAAUACGUUAUGUGACCUGUCUUGUAUGAAGUUGUAUGCUUUCCAAAUAAACUUGUACUGUCCCCAGUUUUAACACUGAAUUAAAAAAGCAGUGUAUAAAAUUUGUAUGUGCUUUUAACAUUGGACUACUUUUGUUCUAAUACAACUGAGCAUGUCAAUGGCUUUGUCCAAAAAUGUGGUUUGUAACUAUUCUUGCACAAGUGUUGAUUUAAUGUACAUAAUAAAUACAAAGAUUUAUCUUUUUCCUGGAAA